CUUCCGUUCGAAAACAGAACACUUGGCUCCACGAGAGAAAAACCCUAGCCUCGCCGCCGACCCCGUCCGUCGCCGUUGCCUCGCCGUCCAAACUCCGCCGUAUAUAAGAUAACCCAACCCUAACACUCAUCUUAGCACCGUAUUCGAACUUCAUAACCAAAUCAUUCGAAACCUUGGCCGAUUAAGCCGCGCAAUAAGAUUUCUAGGGUUUUGUUCCCUUAAUCAUGCCGAGACAUAAUGAUGAAGCAGCAGAAGUAUGUUUAAGAUGUGGAGAAUUUGGACAUGACAUGACUUUGUGCAAGUAUGAGUACUCUCAGGAAGAUUUGAAGGAUAUCAAAUGCUAUGUCUGUAAAAGCUUAGGCCAUUUAUGUUGUAUUGAACCUAGUCAUUCACCGUCAUGGACUGUAUCUUGCUACAGAUGUGGUCAACUGGGUCAUACUGGACUGGCAUCGUGCUUUAUCUGUGAGGGAGAAGGGCAUUUUGAGCAUCAGUGUCCUAAUUCUUCCAGCGUAUGCUUUCCAGAAAACAGUAGUGAAGAAGGGUGUUUUGAGCAUCAGGGCCCUAAUUCUUCCAGUGUAUGCUUUCAAGAAAUCAGAAGGGAAGAAGGGUAUUUGUCAAGUGAAUGUCCGAAUUCAUCGGGCAUAAGCAGCACUUUGCAGGGCAGAAAGACUCGCCGGUUAUGCUACGAAUGUAAAGGAAAAGGACAUAUUGCUCGUGAUUGCCCCAAUUCCUCACAGAUGGUAUCACUCUAUAGACUUCUGUCAACAAUUUUUGGGAUUCUGCAUUCUGGAAUUGCACGUUAGUAAGGAGAUUGUUGUGGUUCGUUUGGAAAUCUUGGAAUGGGUUUGUAUUUGAAGGAAAAGUGGAGCUAGCUUUUGAAAUUAUAAACAAGGUUAGGGAAGAAAGUUUCAGCAAUGGUUUCAGUUCCAAGGUUUGGAUAGAUCUGUUGAUCAGUCUAAUUUUGAUGUGUUGACUCUUGAGCAGAAAAAGUGGAACUUCCCCCUUCUCCCUGGUUAAAGUGCAAUAUAGGAGUGUUUUGGUCCAAAAGAAAACCAAAUGGGAGGUGCUUCUUGGAUUUUAAGGGAUGCAACAGGAACACUGUUGGCAUAGUAGAAGAUGCUUCUCUCACAUCGCAUCAAUGGAUAAUGCUGAACAGAAAAUCUUUUUGUGGGCUAUUGAGAGUAUGGCUUUUCAUAAAGUCAAUCUGAAUCAUCUUUGCUCUGGAAGCAGGAGAACUGAUUGGAGCUUUGAAGAAACUUCAUUCUUUGCCUUCUUUUAGUUAUCAAGCAAUGGAAAUUUUAUCUUCUCUGAGAAGUGUUAAAGAUUGACAGGUAGAAGUGGAGGAGAAAGCUUCAAAUAGAGGGGCAUUUUGCAUAGCGCAAAGUGUAAUCAAGGACUAUAGAACCCAUUCAUAUGUUGCUUAUAGACAUCCUUCUUGGUUACAUGAUCUCUUUGCUUAAGAGAGUGUCUUUCCCUCUGUUUAAAUUUCCUCGUCUUGUUGUUUGGCUUGUUUACACUUUCAUAGUGGCAUGUGACUUUUCGAUCAGCUUAUAUUAUACCAGAUGACAAAAAUUCAAGUACAAA